UUGCGGCUGCUUGAGUGUGGAGACUGAGGCUGGAGUGAGACAAGCUGCAGCGCGGCUCCUGCGCCGCACAAGCACUACACUGCAGAUAACUCCAGACAACUCCAGCACUACAUCAACACCUGGCCAGCUGUGCACAGAAAUGACACAUAGCGCGUCUGAUUCGGAACAAAUCCCACCGAUGGAAGGUAGAAAAACGGCUCGGCGCGACUCUCAAAGCUGCUGCAUAAACAUUAAACCAACAUAUCCGACAGAACCUGUUUACUUUUUGCAGACCUGGAGAUUGUCUGGAGAUUUGUGAUAAAGAUUCGCUUAAUAGAGCGUUCGGGAUCUGUUUACUUUGCUGCGCGAAACUAAUUAAGGAUUAAGAGGAUUUUUUUCCCCUUAAGCAGCACCAAAAUAGCAAUUAAGAUCGCCACGCAAGCUGAAAACACGGAGAACAUCCGCGCAAAUACGUGCACUAGAGGAAGCCUACAGAGCAGAUAAGCUAUACAUGCAGCUCGCGCUCAAGUAGCCUACCUAAUUUUCCUGUAAUAGCCUAGUGACCUGAUUUUUUUUUUUUCCAUUUCCACUGCAAUUCCACGCGAUAAUCUAAGUUUAAACCCUGCACUGUCGGAGUCGUGCUGUCGGCUGGGAGCUGCACUAGAAGGCGAGCACAGCUUGUGCCUAUAAGCGGAAGUAGGAGCCCGCCUGCUGGAGCGGCGCGUCAUCGGCGGAGCGGCGGUCGCGCGCCAGUCACUCCUCCCUGCCUACUUUUAAUAGCUGCGUCAUGUGACGGAGAGCAGUUGUAAGGCAGGUGCCCCUCGGUUCAUUCUCAGUGAGGGGGCACUUCCCUGCACGACAGCACAAUCUGGAACGCUUGGAUUUUCACCUUUCCUAUUGAUUUUUUUUAUUAUUAUUAUUAUUAUCUUUUUUUUUUUUUUUAAUUAUUAUUAUACCUAUAUAUUUUUUGUACCGUCAUUCAGUGGCUGGAUGGCGUGGGACAGGUGCAACCAGGAGUCGGUGUGGACGGAACUAGAGUGUGCUGCCUUGGUUGGGGAAGACCAGCCCCUCUGUCCUGACUUACCUGAACUGGACCUCUCUGAGCUGGACGUCAGUGAUCUGGAUGCAGAUAGCUUUCUGGGUGGACUCAAGUGGUACAGCGACCAAUCAGAAAUCAUUUCCAGCCAAUAUGGCAACGAGUCAUCCAAUCUGUUCGAGAAGAUAGAUGAAGAAAAUGAGGCCAACUUGCUGGCAGUGCUCACAGAAACCCUGGACAGUAUCCCCGUGGACGAGGACGGAUUGCCUUCGUUUGAAGCCCUGGCAGAUGGGGACGUGACCAACGCCAGUGAUCAGAGCUGUCCCUCCACCCCCGAUGGCUCGCCACGCACCCCAGAGCCAGAGGAGCCCUCCUUGCUAAAGAAACUCCUUUUGGCUCCACCCAACUCUCAGCUCAGCUAUAAUCAAUACCCCGGCAGUAAGGCACAGAACCAUGCAGCCAGCAACCACAGGAUACGACCAACACCUGCUGUUACCAAGACAGACAACCCCUGGAACAGCAAACAAAGAGGGAUCUGCCCCCAGCCAAACAGGCUGGUGAGACGCCCAUGCACUGAACUGCUCAAGUACCUCACUGCCAGCGAUGAUGCCUUCCAGACAAGAGCCAGUGAAACCAAGAGCACCUGGUCAGGCUGCGAAAAAGACAGGGGUGGGCCUGGUACUUCCUCCUGUUCGUCGUCUUCCUCUCCAUCUUCUUCAUCCACUUCCUCCUUCUCCUCCUUGUCCUCCUGUUCCUCCUCUACCGCCUCAAAGAAGAAGCCCACCUCUGCCUCCCUGUCAACACAGCAGCAGCAGCAGCAGCAGCAGCAGCUGGCAGUGCAGGCCCAGAGAGGUGAGAGCCAAGCAGCUGGGGCGUAUAGUGUGGCUGGUGAGGGGGCAGGGCAGUGGCGGCGGUGUACACAUGGGGAGCAGUCCACCCCUGUUGUGCCAUCCUGUGGAAGUGGCUGUAGCCACGCCUGCUCCAGUGAAGAGGGGAGGCCACCGCAGGGUGCUGACACAGGCAGCCUGGCUGCCGCCCGCUUCAUUAGGUACAUGCACUCUUACUCUCUCCCGCCUAGAGAGAUGGGUCGCGCAGGCAGCUGUGGCCGUUGUCUUGAGGCGGGCGGCUGGGCUGGGGCCAGCCGUGCUGACAGGCACAUCACAAUAACUAUUAGGAAGAGGAGGCAAGAGCAAGAGCAUCCCAUGCUCAGCCAGCUGCUGACCUCCAGACCCAGGCCAGCCCGUUAUCGGGCCCACCUGCAAAUGCCCAGUGUGUCCCAGACAGACAAGCAAGAUCCACCCAAAACACCUCCUAGAGACAAAGGGUGGGAUGGGCAUGUAGCGAAAGAUAGUCAGGAACAUCAGAUCAUAAACCCAAUUCUGGACUUCCAGGAACCUAGUCAAGUUAACUCAUCAGAUCUUGAGCUUUCAACUCUGGUUGACUUGGACUUAGAAAGUUUGUUAAUGAAAUUUGAGCAGGAUAUAGAAGGGUCUAAAAUUAAAGUGGGGCAAAAUGGGGUGGAUGUUCAUGAUGAUGUCUUAGGCAGCCCCCUGUCAUUCCCAGGGGGCUUGCCAAGUCCACUCUUCCAAGACUCUUUAGUUCCAGACCACACCCCCUCCACCAUACAAGAGCAGAACCCACACAGACAGGCAGACUGCAGGCACCCCGAUGACCAGGUUCCACCACUGUUAGCCAAACCAACCACCUUGCCACUUCCUUUGACCCCAGAGUCUCCAAAUGACCACAAGGGAUCUCCAUUUGAGAACAAGACCAUUGAACGCACAUUGAGUGUGGAGAUCUCUGGAACCCCAGGUCUGACACCACCUACCACACCUCCUCAUAAAGCCAGUCAAGAGAACCUUUUCAAAGUAUCACUCAAAACCAAGCUGUCUUCAGCUUCUUCAGCCCUGACGAGCAAGAAGGCCAAGCUGAGCAAUGGAAGCCCUAGCUCUCUUCCAUUCAGUAGCUCCAGCAGGAAGGGCCAUGAGAAGUCUGAGCUGUAUGCCCAGCUGAGCAAGGCAUCCUCUGCCCUGCCUCUGGGAAACUUAGAAGAGUGCCGGGGCAAGCGGCCCACGCCCCGUGUGUUUGGUGAUCAUGAUUAUUGCCAGGCCUCAAGCACAAAACGAGACAAUGGCACAUCGGCUGCCACGAUCACUGGGCCUGUAGAGGGCCGGCAUGUACAAGCUAAAGACUCAACCAUGCCAACCUUCUCUAAUCUCACAUCCUCUUUGUCUUCCACCAGUCCCUUAUCUUCCUCUCUGGCAAGGCAGCUGCAGGGUCUUUGCCCCAUGGUUCAGGAGGCUUGUCCAGACAAGGAAGCUCAGGGGCAGGACCAUAGUCCUGCACUGGGUGCCAAAACUUCUAAAGAGUGCAUCUCUGCUGGCAGGAAACUGCUGCGAGACCAGGAGAUACGGGAAGAGCUCAAUAAGCACUUUGGUAACCCCCAGCAAGCCUUUUUUAGUGAGACUGAGCAGAGUGGGUUCCAGCCACUAGAUGAAAGUGACUCUGGGGAUGAGAACUAUUACCCUUUUGAGGCCUACAUGGACACAGGCCUGCCUGACUUUGAGGACCUAGAUGUGGGCCGUGAGCGUCUUCUUUGCUCUUGGGAAGGGACUCCACUGGAGAUGCUCUUUGAAGGUUCACCGCCCUGUUCCCCAUCCAGCAGCUUACCUUCCCAGAGCUCCGUCUCGCCACCCUCAAGUCUGCUCUCUCCACGGCACUUCUACAACUCGCAAUCUGGGUCCCGCUCUAGGUCCCGCUCCAGGUCUUCCUCCCGCCACAGAUACAGAUCCCUCUCCAGAUCUCCUUACUCCCGUUCCCAGUCCCCAGAUAACUGCUCCCCCUCUUGGUCUCAUCAUACUGUUGAUAAGAGCACUUUCAAAUCCAGGACUAUUAGAAGUCCUCAGUCUGACUCUCACUCUGGUCUCGGUCAGAGGCCCAGGUAUGACAGCUAUGAAGAAUACCAGCAUGAACAGCUGCAGAGGGAGGAGUACCAGCGGGACUAUGAGAAACGCGAGGUAGAGAGGGCUGAACAGAGGGAGAAACAACGAAAGAGAGCAAUAGAGGAGAGGCGGGUUUUGUACGUUGGCCGUCUCCGGGCUGACAGCACACGCUCCGAACUCAAGCGGCGCUUUGAAGUUUUCGGCGAGAUCGAGGAGUGUGCCAUCAACUUCAGACAUAAUGGGGACAAUUUUGGCUUUAUCACCUACCGCUACACUUGUGAUGCCUUUGCUGCCCUUGAGAAUGGACACACCUUGCGCAGGCCGAACGAGCCUCAGUUUGAGCUCUGCUUUGGUGGACAAAAGCAGUUCUGCAAAUCCAAUUACACAGACUUGGACUCUCAUUCUGAAGACUUUGAUCCAACUACAACUAAAAGCAAAUAUGACUCGAUGGAUUUUGACAGCUUGUUGCGCGAGGCCCAGUGUAGCCUGAGAAGGUAACGAGCUCCACCACACCUGCUGGCUGCAAAGCGAGGGAUUUGUGAUACCUCACUGCUGUUUCGCUCCUCUGAAUAUGAGACUACUACAAGUUUUACACUCAAUAUAGAGGGAUAUAUAUAUAUAUAUAUAUAUAUAUAUAUAUAUAUAUAUAUAUAUAUAUAUAUAUAUAUAUACACACACACACACACACACACACACACACACACACACGUGUAUAUAUAGAAAGAACAUAUAUGUAUAUCUAAAAGCAAAGUUUACAUGAACAUAGCUGCUGCAAAGACUUUAUCUUUGGGGAUUAGCCAAUAAACCUUUAGAGGAGUGCACAGAUAUGUGCCUGUGCUGUGCUGCUGUAUGAGACAGUGAUCUCCAUGGGAUUGUUUUCUUCAUGCACUGCUCCAAUCUCAGCGCUUUGAGGGGUGAAAAUGUGCAGCCUGUUCAGUCGGUUUUUAUUUUAUUGAUUUUUACUUUUUCUGCCUUUUUUUAAUUUAACCUGGUAUUUGGAUGUGGUGUUACAAUGUUGUUAAGUGAGUAUGGGAUUAGUAUCUUCUUCAAGGUAAUAUUGUCUACAUUUUGGGGGAAAUGAUAUAAACAGAUAUUUACAGAUAUUAAAUGGAAUAUUUUUAUUUUGUGUACAUAUCAAGGCAAAGUUCUUUAUUUGUUACAGCUAUGCACUGUAAAACGCAGCCUUUAUAAGAUGGAGUUUUUCCUAAUCGAGAAUGUCAAUCUGUAGUCAUUACAGUGACGCAUAACCAACAUGGCGGUUAUGUGGUGUGAUAUGAUUGUAAAAAAAAAAAAAUUGUCAAGGGAGAUUGGGUGCUCUUCAGGGGGAGCAUGUGAACAGAUUUUUAAAGACUUUUGUUUUAAAAAAUGUCAUUAAUCAUGUAUAGUUUCAUCUUUAAUCUUCCUCAGUGUUUUCCUUACACAACCUAUGUAUGAUACAUUUUAAUAUUUUUAUGUCCAUAACUGUGUACAACCAUAAGACUUUUUCUCUGAAGGAAACACUAACUUUUUAAUUGAUUACUUUGUGCACACUAAUAAUUUUUAUUAUUGCUUUUUUAAUAAUUCACUAUUACUAAUAUAUGAUUGCUCAUCUUCAAAGAUAAAUUCAUGUUCUCAUGUUCAUGAGGAAGAAAUGUAUUUAUUUCAGUAUUUUGAUCAAAAUAUUUAUGGUUGACAUCUACUAUGAUGCGCCUUACAAAUUUUUGCUAUUUAUAUUGUUAUUUGACUUAUUUAACAUUCGUAUAUCGAAAGAUGCACAAGUUCUACAGAAAUAUCUGUUUCUCAGCCUUUUAGAAACCUUUUAGUUAUGAUCACCAAAAGAUACAUGCUUUUCUUUUCCACAGUUUGCAGCCAUUUUAAAUUUUUUUUAUCAUUUUCUUUUUCUAAAGCACAUAAAGCAAUAAAACUAAUUUUGCAGGUAUUUCAUCACACCACAAUGAAUCUGUCUCAUUGCUCCUCAUACACUUGGUUAUGUGAAUGCCAAAAUAAAGUUUACAGUUUUCUUUCCAGAAUUUUUAAAAAACUUUACUUGAUGUAAAAAAAAAAAAUCUAUAACAUUAAUCUUCACAUUAUUCACAGUAAUAAUUAUAAAGAGAUGAAUAGUAAUAAUAAAAGACAAAAUGUGUAUAAAAAGAUAAAAAAAAGCAAUAAAUUAUUUUUCACAGUUGUCUUUUAGCUGAAGUUGUUGUAUAGUUUGACCUGACCUGGUACCCAGACUCUGUCCCAAAAUGGGAAACUCAUUCCAUUAUCACACUACACCUGAGAAUCAUACACACUGUACAGGGGAAACAAAAAGAUGUGAAGAAAUAACAAAACUACAGAGAGAAAAAUAUUACAUUACUACUGACAGACGGGUAACCCUUACAAAUACAGUACCACAUGUCUGCUUCUGGCUGAACGUGUGUUGGAGAUUACAGCUUCUCUUUGAACAUUACACUCAAUGAGAAAAGGCUUUUUAUACCAGUCUUUUUAAGAACCCAGAAUAACAUCAGAGAAAUGAUUAAAACCGUGGGCCUGUCUGCAUAUCGCACUACCUUCCUAGUGACACUUAAGGUUACCUUGCAGUUUCUAGUUCAAUUACUAUCUAGUUUCCUUAGAAAAGAGCCCAACAUCUUUGUAUUAAUAUCAACAGAUCACAUUACACCUUUUGUGAAAUAUCACUGCGUAGAUGAGUGUACAAAAAGAGGCAAUAUCACAAGGGAUGAAAUAAAAUGUAAAAAAAAAAAAAAAAA